ACAACUGAGCAUGCGCCAAAGCUAAUACGCAGGCGACGUGAUCACGUUAAUGUCAGGCGCAGGCCUAUUUAAGUGAGCCUGAGCCUGCGCAGACUCAGAAGACGCAGGCGGACCUGAGAAUGGCGGGCACCGGUUUGGUGGCUGGAGAGGUUGUGGUGGAUGCGCUGCCGUAUUUUGACCAGGGUUAUGAAGCUCCUGGUGUUCGAGAAGCGGCUGCGGCGCUGGUGGAGGAGGAAACUCGCAGAUACCGACCUACUAAGAACUACCUGAGCUACCUGACAGCCCCAGAUUAUUCCGCUUUCGAAACUGACAUAAUGAGAAAUGAAUUUGAAAGAUUGGCUGCUCGACAACCAAUUGAAUUGCUCAGUAUGAAACGAUAUGAACUUCCGGCCCCUUCCUCGGGUCAGAAAAAUGACAUUACUGCAUGGCAAGAGUGUGUAAACAAUUCUAUGGCCCAGUUAGAGCAUCAAGCGGUUCGAAUUGAGAACCUGGAACUAAUGUCACAGCAUGGAUGCAAUGCCUGGAAAGUAUAUAAUGAGAAUCUAGUUCAUAUGAUUGAACACGCACAGAAGGAGCUCCAGAAGUUAAGGAAACAUAUUCAAGAUUUAAACUGGCAGCGAAAGAACAUGCAACUCACAGCUGGAUCUAAAUUAAGAGAAAUGGAAUCAACUUGGGUAUCCCUGGUCAGUAAGAAUUAUGAGAUUGAAAGGACUAUUGUACAAUUAGAAAAUGAACUGUUUCAAAUGAAGCAGCAGCAUGGAGAGGCAAACAAAGAAAACAUACGGCAAGACUUCUGAAAGACUUGAUCUGAUAAGCUUCCUCUGUACAACAGGAGCCAGAGCCAGAUCCAAGGCAGCUCCAGACUUACACCAUGCCACUUUAGCAGUGCCAGAGGAAAGCAAAUGUAUCAGUGUAUAUAAUUCCAGAGAAGAGUUUCGGUUGACCUGGUCUGGAUUCCAUGUUCAGUCCUUGGACUCAGAGGUAUGGCCAGCAGUUUGGAGUACUGUGAUUGGCCAGGCUCAGGUCAUGCACCUGUGGCCUUGGUGGUAGGGAACCAUAGUCAGCAGCUGAUUGGAUUGGACUGAUAAUUCCUCAGAGUAAAAUGGGGAUGGUGCUUCCACCACCAGAAGCAGAGAAAGAAGUUGGGAAGAUAAAAAUAACAUAUCUGUUAUACUUUGAAUCUUUCCUAGAUUAAAAGAUAACCCCUUUGAUUUAGCUGGCCCAGUAUGAUAAACCAUUUUUGCCCACCUACUCCCCGUGAUGUUUUUCUUUAUAGAGAAAAAUGUAAUAGACACGUUAUUUUUAUUAUGGUAUAACAUUAGUAGUGGAGAAUUGGAGAUGUUUUUUACUGGUCUAUUGUGUAGCUGAGGCUGGGAAAUAGCCAUAAAAGUCAACAUCUCCUAACCUUGCUAUAGUGAUUUGUUGAGAGAUGAGGAAUAAGUAAUUUGUUAUUAACAGUAGGUCAAUAUCUGAAGCUUUUAAUAACUGUCUUUUAAAAUAUAUUAUACAAAUUCAGAAUUAACCCUAUUAUGCCUAUCCGACUUGGUUGGAUUCUUACGUUUUUUGAGAGGGAAAGGGAUAAACUCAGCUUACCGUCUCAGUGACUUAUUGUAGCAAGGACUACUACUUGUCCCUCUGAUACAUGUUUUCCCCUUCUAUAAUAGUAAAAGUUUUAGCUGGUCACAUGGAUACUCAGCUAAAAACUAAUUUUCCAAUUUCCUAUCCAAUCAGGUGCACACACCAUGUGACUAGGUUGUGUUCAGUGAGACAGGAACUGAAGUGAUAUAUACGACUUGCAAGUCAUGCUCUUAAAUUUUCACAUUUUAUCAGCCAGGAAUCUUACUCCUGGAUAGUGAUGACUUAUCCAACAUCACACCAUAAAUAACUGUCAGACUACAUUAGAAGGAAGGGUGGAGUACAUACAAGGGAAAAGAAUUCUGUGCUGAUAAUGAUGUGAGCAAUAUGUUUAGUAUUUAUUUUACUUAAAUGAUUAAAUAGUCUGUCAAUGCACAGUAGCAGGAAAUUUCCAUUUUAAUGAGAUUUGGAUACAACAUAGCAAUUCAUAUUCAUUAAAAUGGGAUUUUAUUGUACAGUAAAAGCCAUUAAUAUCAACCACAAUGUUUUGAGUUACCUUCAGUUAAACUUUGGUUUUCCCAAAGCUGAUUUUGUACCAUCAUUAAAAAAUUAAUCACAAGAGACUGUCAAACCAUUUGAAGAGAAUAGAAGUACACUAGUAAUAUUAAUUUAUAUACAAUUUACUACAGAUAAAAAUGCCUUUUAAAUGGGUAUCAACAUUUUUUAUAUCCAAAUUUUGUUCAUAUGAGUAUAAAAUCUCACUCUGCAGAACCUAGAAAUGAAAUCAAAUGUUUCAUUAUAUUUCCAAAAGUAAAGAAAAAUGCUUCAAAUACAAUAGGAGAAGUGUUAAUACACUAAUAUCAAAUUUUCUUUCUUUAGAUCUUGAAAGUUUUUGGUCAAGUAGUGUAAGACUACAUAAUUCAGGUCAGUGAAAAGCUCAGAUUUGUCUUCCCUCAGUCCCCUCUUUAUCCUCUUCACUAUACAAUCAAUUCUCUUAAAGGAAAGAUGUGUACAGCUUAGAAAAUAACUUUUCUUAAAUUGAAUUGUUAGUGACCAUGUAUGUUAAGCUUUUGCUUAUAGCUAUAAUUAAAUCUUAACCACUCUCUAAAACUGGCUGUAAGAAUAUCGACUUUGCCACACUUAUGUACCUUUGCUUUAUUUUAUGUUUUGUAUUUUUCACUAAAGUUGAAGGCCUUUCCUUCAAUCCACAUUUUGUUAGGCUCUCCUACUUUAAGAGAGAAACUGCUUAUUUCUUGUAGUAUUCUUGUUUGACAAUAGAGGGCACAAGUUCAUUAAGAAGUGAAGUAAAUUACUUAAGGAGCAAUUCAUAAUACCUGUCUGCUCUCCAUUUCAUGAUUUAAGAAAAUGGAGGUAAUUAAUUUACUCUGAUGUUUCACGUAUUGAAGGAAACCCCUGUCUUUUUCAGAGAUUAAAUUUAAUCUCAAAUAGAUGUCACUUUCAUUGUUAAAAAUACUAAGGGCACCUGACUCUCCAGGUUGUCAACUUGCCCUACUAAACCAUCAGAUUAAUACUUUGUAGAUCUGCAAAGAAACAGUUCUACUUUAUAGAGAAUAGUAAUUACUUUACCACCUUUAAUCUCAAUUUCUAACAAAAAAUAUACAAUAACAUAUAUUGAUGUAUUCUAGUUAUUACAGUUCUUUUGCAUUAGUUUGUUCUAUAGAAAAAUGAAGUGAUAUUCUAAACUUUAAAUUUGAGUUCCUUUCUUUAGUUCCUUUUGGCUAUCUAAAAUGUUAAAAUUUUAACUUCCAUUGCUUCAUUUGAUAUAGUUUAUAGACUAUUAGAAAGGAAUUAGAGAAGGAAUAUGUACUUUUAAUAAAUGUCAUUCUACUUUAGAUAGUAUUUCUUAAAUAACUAAUACUUAAAAUUGAUUUCUUCCUUGUAAUGUAAAAACUUCACUGUUAAAUCAUGUCUCCUAAAACAUGAUAGUCAUACACAGUAAACAGUUCUCUUCUCUCUACACAUAAAUACCACCAAUAAAAUCGUUUUAUAAGUCUCUGAACUAAUACUUAAAUGGCACACAUCCUCUACCAACUCUACAGUUUCAAGUAAGGAUUUGGUCAUUGUAAAAGAUUAGUUUUAAAAUUACAUAAUGUGAAUGUGGUGGAAAAUGACACUUAUGUUCAUUAAUUCUGUUUGUAUAAUAGCACCUAUCUUUGUUCUAUUUAUUGUCUUAUGUUCUAGAGAAUUUUUCCUUCUUAAGCUGUAUAACUAAUGUGUAUACAAUAAAUUAAAAUGUUUAUAAAAAAGGGAAAAAAGAAAAAGGCAAUGAUAGUAUCCCAACAGCACAGGAGAAACAGAUUAGAAAAGUAGAAACCAUAGUAACAUAAAACAACGAAAAUUGUAGCAUAAUUGUAGAAUAACUCAAUAAAAUUUCAUCAUGGGUAAUAA